AUGGCUAAAGCCGGAAAUGUAGGCAAUCGUUCUCGCUUCACUGAUGUUUACAGCGAACCUGUCGAUCGCCUUUUAUCGCCGAUAAAAGGAUAUCAAAAUAAACCACUUGUUUCACUAAUGGAAACAAUUGAACCCGUAUCGGGGUUUUUCGAUGAAAUCGAAGAUAAUGUCAAAGUAGCAUUACAUAAUUGUCGAAAUCCGGCUGAUGGGCUAACACAACAAGAGUCAGCCUCAAUACAUUUGUACACCAUGCAAUUUGAAGAUGGUCCAAGUCUAUAUGAAGUACUUAAUGAAUCGUUACGUGCCGAAAACCGUCAAGAUCUCAAGCCAUGGUUUACUUAUCUUAAAUUAUUUUUUACGGCACUCUACAAACUGCCAUCAGAAAAUCGACGGGUAUGGCGCGGCAUUCGAAACGUCGAUUUAAGUGAAAAAUACAAUACGGGUACGGAAUUUGCCUGGUGGGGCGUGAGUUCUUGCACAGCUGGCAUGCAAGUACUUGAAUCGAGUCAAUUCUUAGGAAAAGAGGGUCUGCGAACAUUAUUUUCGAUUGAAUGCAUCAAUGGCAAAUCGGUUGCAGCACAUUCGUAUUUCAAAAAUACCGAAAACGAAGUAAUACUCAUGCCCGGUUCAUACUUUCAAGUGAUUGGUCAAUUAAGUCCAGGCAGUGGACUUCAUAUUAUUGAGUUAAAAGAAAUUAUACCACCGAUGACACUCGUCAAACCACCAUUCAGCAAAUCGAACGAACAAGUAACUAUGCCAGUGGUACCAAAACCAAGUGCAUCAGCUUUAUCAACAGCAACAUCAACAUUAUCACCCAGUUCGGCUUCAAAGAAUACAUUGAAGCCGAAAAUUAAAUGUUAUCAUAAUUAUUCGUGUAAACAAUUUUAUAAAUAUCUUUUAACUCAAACACAUUUGUUACAGCAAAUUCGAAAAAAUGGAAAAUAUGAACAAUAA